AUGCUAUCUACGGCUCUCACCACUCUGGCUCUUGCGGCCCUGACAACAUCAGCCCAAGCAGCCAGUAAAAUUGGAUCUCUAAGCCCCAACACGGGCAAGACGUCCAUCAGCCGACCAAACGUGCAGCCAUACCCUCACAACACGGGCCGAGCUGCUGUCGUGUCACCGGAGCGUGAGACGGAGUGUUUCGUCGUGCCAACCGGAGGUGACGACUCGGAAGUCUUUCUGUCUGCCCUCCAAGAAUGCAAUGGCGGCGGAAAGGUGGUUCUGGACUCAAACUACACAAUCGGCUCUGUCCUUGAUCUCACCUUUUUGGACAGUGUGGAUAUUGCGAUUUCCGGAAAAAUCACUUUCACCGAUGAUAUCGAUUAUUGGGUGAACAACUAUUGGAAAUACGACUUUCAGAACUCGACCUCUUUCUUCAAGCUCGGUGGAAAGGACGUCAACAUCUACGGCGAUGGAGUUGGUGUGAUUGACGGUGCUGGUCAAGCCUGGUGGGAAGCAUUUGCCACCAAUGCCUCGUUGCUACGACCCAUUCUGUUUGUAACUGAUGGGCUCGAAGGCGGAAGUAUCACAGGCCUCAACCUUGUCAAUUCGCCAAACUGGUUCAACCUGAUUGCAAACACGUCCGAUGUCUUGAUCAGUGACAUUACCAUUUCCGUUUACAGCACAUCAAGCACCACACCCAAGAACACGGACGGCUGGGACACUUAUCGAGCAGACGGCAUCGUGAUCCAGAACUCGGUCAUCAACAACGGCGACGACUGCGUCUCAUUCAAGCCCAAUAGCACCAAUAUCGUUGUGCAGGGCCUGACCUGCAACGGCAGCCACGGCAUCUCCGUCGGGUCUCUGGGCCAGUACGUGGAGCAGUACGAUAUUGUCGAGAACAUUUAUGUCUUCAACAACAGCAUGUCCAACGCCAGCGACGGUGCGCGCAUCAAGGUCUGGCCAGGCAUCAACUCGUACCAGGCGCCGACACUCAGCGGUGGUGGCGGAGCCGGAUACGUCAAGAACAUUACUUACCAGCAGUACUACAAUGACAAUAAUGACUGGGCGAUUGAGGUGAAUCAGUGCUAUGGCCAGUCUAACAAGACCCUCUGCGAGUUAUUCCCAUCCAACAUGACGAUCUCGGAUGUCUACUUCUUGGACUUUUGGGGCACGACAAGCUCCAAGCACGAUCCUCAGGUCGGCACACUUGUUUGUUCUUCGGAAAAGCAAUGUCAAAACAUUGUUGCAAAGAACAUAUCCAUCACUCCGCCUAGCGGUGAUGCUCCUCAGUGGAUAUGCAGCGGUUUCGAUACCUCUGGAUUAGAGGGGUUUGACUGCGUUUCGUCAUAG